GUGUUGACAGAAAGAGAUGGGGGGGGGGGCAGUGAAGGGAGCUAAAUUGGGGGUUGGGAGGCUACUGAGGCUCUGGAGAGAAGACCAAAAUCUCCCUCCCCACCCCAGAAACCUCUCCACUCCUGCAGCUGGAGGAGUUGUUCCCAGUCUUUAUGCUCCCCUGGGGAGAGGGGUCAAACAAACUGUUUGGGUGGGAAAAGAGAAUGGAGGAAGUUGACAUGGAUGGGCGGGGCCGUGGGGGGGCUGACCAGGAACCCAGCUUCCUGCUCAGUGCCCAGGCAUCCAUCCCCCAGCUCACCCCCACCCCUUCCAGCCCCCACUCCCCUCAGGAACCCAAGGUUCCGGCCCUCCUCCCAAAUCCCAGUCACCCCUCCCCCAUCAGUUUCUCCCCGAAAGGGGAUGGAGGCUGAGAGACCCCAGGAAGAAGAUGGUGAGCAGGGACCCCCAGAAGAAGAGCUGGGCUGGCCUCCUCUGAACUCCACCAUUCGGCCUUGGCGAUCUGCUCCUCCAUCCCCUCCUCCUGGAACCCGCCACACAGCCUUGGGGCCCCGUUCGGCCUCCCUGCUUUCCCUGCAGACUGAACUCCUUCUGGACCUGGUGGCUGAGGCCCAGUCCCGCCGCUUAGAGGAGCAGAGGGCCACCUUCCGAGCCCCUCAGAAUCCUUCAAGCCUAACUCCAAUCCCACCCCGGCCUCUCGAGGACAGAGAGCAGCUCUACAGCACCAUCCUCAGUCACCAGUGCCAGCGCAUGGAAGCCCAGAGAUCAGAGCCUCCCCUCCCACCAGGGGGGCAAGAGCUCCUGGAGUUGCUGCUGAGAGUUCAGGGUGGGGGUCGAAUGGAGGAGCAAAGAUCCCGGCCCCCCACACACACCUGCUGAGACUUGAGUCUCCAACUAGCCCCUCCUCCCUCCUGGGGCUCAAAGCUGGGCAGCCAAUGUCUGCCCUCAACCCUGCCUGGCAUGGGUACCAGAGACUGGAAGACCCAGCAGAAAUUACAGUGAUCACCACCCUCAGCACCUUCCCUGGGAACUGGAGGGGGUGAAAGUCCUCAAAUCCUGGGAAUAGGCAAGGUAGGAUGGUCAAUGAACUUCCUCAAGUAUUCUGGAGCUUGAGGCUGUAAGAGGAUCCCAGCCAUCGAUCUCAGGCAGUAACUGGGAGUCCCUGUCCUGAGCUAUCCAGCUACUAGGCAGGGUGUGAGGGCUCAGGCCUUUCCCUCUCAAGGCAAGUCUCCUAAGGUUAUCACUUGAUAGACAGCUCUACCCUCCUUCCCCAUAGGAAGAAAGGGAGGGUGGGCACAGCACAGAAAGAUCAAGAGUAUUUUCUCAUCCCUGCCUUGGGCACCAUCUAGCACCCAAUACAGAGGGCCUAGGAGCUGUGAAUGGACCUUUAGCCUGCCCAC